AUGGACAUGGAUGAAAUCUUAGGAUGGCGGAAACGGAUGUUGGAAUAUGACAAGCUUUCUGAUGAGACCGGAUUUGUCGAUGGGAUGGAUUAUAACUUGCAUGAAGACGGGGAUAGUACGGUGGCUUAUGCGGUUCAGCUUGCUUUGAAAGAUAAAGAGGAAUGGCACGUGGAACAUGCCCUGGAACGGAUUCGACGCGCGCAAAUGCUGGGACAGAAAAAUGUACGAUUAUCGAAACGAGAACUCGAGGCACUGGAACGCAAGCGAAUGCAGACCGGUGGCAAGAGAGAUUCUACACGUGGAAACCCCACCACUAAGGGUUCUAGGUCGAGGGAUAGCCCCGCGUCAGACGUACAGCGACGCGGAUCCAGUAUAUCGCAGGGCGAACAGACCACACCAUAUCGACUUGCCGGUAGCAGUUGGGCCCGCAGCUCCGAUGCUCCGUCUCGUCAAUCUCAACCACCUGUUCCGUCCCCUAAGUCCUCACUUCGAUAUUCUGAGCGGCAUUCCACUAGAUCCCCGCAAGCGUCCUUAAGAGGUACAGCCUCCGCAUAUCCUCUCCCGGAUGACCCCGGCUGGGUGCCUUCGUAUCAGCUUCCUUCUUCAAGAGAUCGGCAUUUGCAUGCAAGGCGUAGCUCAGUGGAUCCUCUGCAGGGAGCCUCACGGCGACCAUCGUCCUACAUGUCAACAUACCAAGCCGUCGCUAGCCCCAGUGUCCGGGGCUCAUUCACCCCUCGAAAGACUGCAUUGCGAUCUACGGUGGGGGGGUCACACGACGACGAUGACGAGGAAAGCGAUUCAGACGACAAUGACCGAGUACAUAUCGUGGAUGUGGUUGGGCGCAAAGUGCCGACGGGUCGCACAGCAGUCGGCAGAGGAAGCCGUCAACGCCGCCGCCGUUCUUAG